AUGGCCGAACAGGUCCAUUGGAAACACACCUGGCCAUGUGCUGAAGUUUUAGGCCAAUUCAUUGCUGGUAACUCUGCUCUCUUCCGGGAUCGUCACGCGCUCGAAUUGGGCGCGGGAGCCACGGGAGUUUGCGGGCUGGUGGCGGCAAAAGUUGGAGCUGUUUCCGUUGUGUUCACGGACCAUCCGGGACUCGCUCAAGCCUUCUCGAUUCUCGAAAAAAACAUUGCAAAGAACGGCGUCAGCGAGAGGUGUAAGGUUCAGGGACUCGACUGGAACAACCCCGAAUUGGAAACAUUGGCGAGAGUUGACGUCGUAAUCGCCUCUGAUGUCUUUUACGAGCCAACGGUAUUCGAGCCACUAGUGAACACUAUUGACAAGCUGCUGACAAAGUUCCCGAAGGCGAACGUUUUCUUCGCUUAUCAAAACCGGGACGACUGGUCGAUUGCUGAACUUUUGAUUGCUCGUAAACUCGGCUGUUCGCUGAUACGCACCAUCGAACACGACUCGUACACGAUACAGCUGGGAAGCAUCUAUCGCAUCUCGAUGGCCGACGAGGACGUGUUUGCUGGUAUUGAAGGGGGCGGCAGUUGCUCCAGGCUCGUCUUUCUGAAUGCUAAAGCCGAACCUUUAGGCGAAUUUCCCGGAUCGGGCACCAACCUGUUCCUAAAUGGCCUGGAGUUAACAGCAAAUCAGAUUGCCGCCUGGGUGCGGGACUCGAAGGAGAAGCUGGGCAUCAAGGGACCAUUGCGGUCUUUGGGCAUGGGUCUCUCGGGUGCUGAAGACCCGGCGAUGAACGAGAAGCUGGUCAAUUAUCUACUUACAAAUCACGGGGACGUCACUGAAAAGGCGCAUCUGGUUUCUGACUCCGUCGCUUGCAUUGGUGCCAGUUUCAAGAACGGCGGAGUUGUCCUCAUUGCGGGUACAGGCUCAGCUUGCCGUAUGUUAACGGAAACCGGCGAGGAGCACCAAGUGGGCGGCUGGGGCCAUAUGAUCGGAGACAGCGGCAGCGCUUAUUGGAUCGCAAACCGCGGUAUCCGACUAUUAUUCGACGUUGAUGAUGGCGUUGUAACUCCGGUGGGGUCUGUAGAAACGCUCCGGAAGCUGGUGCUAGAAUAUUUCAACAUCACAGACAAGGUGCAAGUGCUCGACUACUUCUACAACCAAUUCUCUAAAUCGAAUGUGGCGCGUUUGACGGAAAGGAUGGCUGCCGUGGCGGAUGACCCGGUAAUAGCACAACUUUUCUUUGAUGGAGGCUUCGAACUGGGCAAACACGUGGCCGCCAUCAGUGCCCAUAUGUCGGAGGCGAUGCUCAAAAAUGUUCCGAUUGUGAUGGUCGGAAGUGUCUUCAAGUCCUGGAAUCUUUUGAAACCAGGUUUCAUCGAGGCCGUCAAAACGUUAGCGAAGCGUCGUAUAGAGGCAGCCACACUACACCAGCUCAGCGAAACGAACGCAUUUGGUGCUGCUGCAAUUGCCGCGGCCAAAGAAGCGCAACAAGAUUUGCCAUUUGUACAUCAACCCAUCAUUUUCGACACGAUCGAAUUACUG